AUGCUGGUGGAUGGUGAGAUCUCGGGCCCCGAACUCCAGGAACGGCUGCAGGACAUCAACGCGGACGUCGCCUGGCUGCACAAGGGCUUCCCGCUGCAAACGCUGCGGCGCUGCCCUGCUGAGGCCUUGGUGAAGGAGGCGUUGCCCCGGCGCGACUGGCAGAGCGUUGGAGUGGACAGACUGUACCUGCAACGCCUGACUCGGCUCGCCGCGACCUACCAGGCCGCAGCCAAGCAGCUUCACUUCGCAGAUCGACACCUGCCGGAUCUCAGCGUGGUGUGCUACCAUGGCCCGGACAGCCUCUGGCUCUAUGCCAACUCGGAGGUGCUGGCCCGGGCCUUCUCCGCCUUUGCCUGGCGGCGCCUCGCCAUCAAGCUGAUGUUCUUGCGGGACAUCCGCGUCGGCAGCGUGUCGGGCAAGGUCGCACAGAUGCGAGCUCUUGAGCACGACAUGGGCUUGAUCAUGAGGGCCCGCGAAGCUCUUUGCGAGCCAGAAGAUGAGGAGGAGGACAUGGACUCGGACUCCGUUGGGUGGCCCUUCGGGGAAGAGAGCCGCAGGGAGAUGGAAGACGCGCUGGCGCGGCUGGCGCAGACGGACGGAGACGGGUCGGAGGCCGAUGCGCACUGCAACCUGGCGACCAUGAUCUUGUUCCAGGCUCAGCCAUCUCAGAGUGAGCUGAGGAGAGCCCAGCAGUCUCUCCAGAGGAGUUUGCAGCUGGAGCCCAAUGCCGGCGAUGCCCAGGUGCUGCUCCAACGCACGGUGCGUUUGCUGGCUCUGCCCGGUGCGGUCGAAGGCCUGGAUGAAGUCGUGGCAGGGGCUGAGGGCGCUGAAAGCGCCGGCGCUGAGGCUGCAGAUGAGGCCGAUGGCGCUGAGGCUGCUGAAGCUGCUGAGGGGGCGGAGGCCGCGAGCGUGGACGGUGCUGAAGGUGUGGAGCACGAAAGCGCGGAGGGUGCCACUGACGGCGAGGGCGCCGAGGGCGCCGAGGGCGCUGGGCGCACCGCUGAAGGCGCCCAGGCCGUGGGCUCUGAAGGCGAGGGCGCCCGAGGUUCCGCGCCAGUGCUCACGAGGGAAGGGACCGCGUUCCCGGAGGCUGCGGACGACAGGCGAAGGGGCCGGCAGCUGCAGAGGAUUUGGCUGGGCACACGCUAUGGGCUGCGGCUGUGCAAGCUGAGGCACUGCCCUGUGCUGAUGAGGUUGGACUCGCCAGAGUUGCCCCAUGUGGUGCCGUCUCUCUCGGUGGAGGCUGUGGAAGCGGUGCUUUACAUGGCCUCCAGCCUCUCCGAGGAGGUGCAUCAAGAAGGUCAGAACCUUUGUGAGGUGCUGUGGCUGUCGCUGCUGUGGGGCCUGCGGCGGCGGCACGUGGCGUUCAAGGCGCUGAAGCUGGCGCUGAUAGAGUGCCCCAUGCCGGGCUGUCUGGCUCUGGUGAGGGACGCCGACAGCGGACGGAAGGAGCUGGAGGCGGUGCUCCUGGAGGCCUUGGCCUCCUUCCGCGCCCUGGAGCUCUUCGGGCGCUUCGACUACGGCGCCGAGCUUCAGGGCAAGAAGCCCGCAGGGUGGUUCUCACACGAGGACCAGUUGGAAGCCCUGGACCGGCGAAGUCUGAUGCUGGAGAUGCUGCUGGGCACCCCGCCCAGGGCUUACCACCCAUCCUCCGAGGAGAAGCCGGGGAUGCUGAGCCAGGCCCCGAGUCACACCUUGUUCCGCAACGGCGCCAUGCGGAACACCAUCUCCAAGUUGAACCUGGUGGACCUGGCGGGCUCCGAGCGCAACGAUUCGGAGGUGCGGAAGCAGCUCAAGGCAGUUUGGAUCCAGUGCACGCUGCUUAAGCCUCAGGAAGGCGCGAACAUCAACAAGUCUUUGAGUGACGCCUGGCUGCAAUUGGAUCACAAGUGGGCCUUGGGCAAUGUGAUCAACGCCUUGAGCUCCGCGUCCUCCUCGAGGCGCAGGGCCUUCGUGCCCUACCGGGACUCGAAGCUCACACGGGUGCUGCAGGACUUUGGGACGCGCGCGGUGCCCGUGGUUGAAGAGAGCUUGGGCGGCAAUGCCUUCUGCACCAUGAUUGCGACCACCUGCCGGGGCCCAUCGGAGGGGAACUCGGAGGAGACCUGGCACACCCUGCAGUACGCCAAGCGGGCGAAGACCAUCCGCGUGGCAGCGACCCGAAACGAAGAGACCAAGCAGCGGCAACAGAUGGAGAAGGAGGUCGAGGAACUCCGGAAGUCCGCAGAGGGCCGAGAGGAGUUGGAGGCCCAGCACCGCGCGGAGAUCGAGGCGCUGGAGGACUUCAUGAAGCAAACCUGGGAGUCCGGCCGCUCCCUGAGUUCCAAGGAGAAUGAGGAGGACAAGCAGCGGCUCACCCGCGAGCACGAGGAGCAGAGGGACUUGGCCAGGCUGGAGGUGCAGCGGGCGAUGGAGCAGCGCAAGGCGGAGCAGCAGAGGAGGUUGGAGGCAUUGGAGAAGCUUGGGGAUCUGCACGUCACGCUCCAGCGCCCGCCUCGAGAUUUCGCCACUUCGCGGCUCCGAGAGCUCGUUGAAGUAGUGCAGCUGCAAGAACAGCAGCAGGAGCUGAGGGAGGAGCUGGAGGAGUGUCCCUAUGGUGACCCCUCUUCCACCUGGACGGUGCCCUUCUCAUCUGCGAAGCCCGUGCAGCCCUUGGUGGCCGCCCACAGCGAGGCCACCCGUGCGCUGCUGGAGCUCGAGCUAGCGCAGGGCUCCUGGCAAACGCGCUGCGCGGAGGCUCUGGGCCACGCCGAGACGGAGCCGGAGAUGCUGGCGAACCUCAACCUGGAUUUGGCUCAGCUGCACUUGCGACUCAUCGAUGUACCCAGCGCCUACCAGUGCGUGUGUCGGGCUAUGGAUCUGGGCGUGGUCAACGACAGGGCCGUCGAUCUGUUGGACAACUGCCUUAUGUGCGAGAACUUGAAGACUUCCCCGUCCAUGACGGGCCUGGAGGAUCCCUCAGCCCUCUACGCGCUUUAUCCCUUUGCAGACCGGCUGAGGCACCUGGGCUAUGUCCUCGACAAGGUGCUGGCCUCCACAGGCGCCGAGUCCUUGCUGGACUUCAGCGACGAGUCCAAGCUCCAGGCCUUUUCAGAGGGGCUGGGCGGCGUGGAGCCGGACGACAUAUUGCUCCUCUUCCUGCUGCGGAAGAAGGUUCCCCUGGAGCGGCUUCCGCUGCUUUCGAGCGGCGCCGAGCGCCUGCUACUGAAACUGCAGGCGGUGACGGCGGUCAGAGGCCACCGCAUCCUCUCGCCACAGGAAGCGGCCAGGUGGCCACCCGCCCGGGACGCGGCCUGCUUCAGCAACCUCAGGUUUUGGCCGCUCGCGGAUGGAGUCAUCGCCACGGACGCUCAGACCUGGCCCCACGAGAACUUCGAGCCGGUGAUGUACCUCUCAGACGACUCCCUGGCACUGCUGGACACGAGGCCGGACGUAGCCAAGCUUCGUGUCUUGGACAUUUGCUGCGGCAGCGGGGUCCAAGGCAUCUCUGCCCUGCGCCGCGGUGCCGAAUCCGUGGCCUUUGUGGAUUUGAAUCCCCGGGCCAUCCAAUUUGCAGAGUUCAACCUGGCGCUCAAUAAGCGUUUAGAUCGCGACUACAGCUUCCACCAUGGAGAUCUCUACUCUGCCUUGGACUCUGACCAGAGGUUCGACCUGAUCUUGGCGAACCCCCCGUUCCUGCCGAACCCGCAGAACAUCGCCUCCCAGGCGGUGGCGCUUUUCGGGCACGGCGGCGCGGGUGGGGAAGACGUGGUGCGGCGCCUGUGCGGGGAGGAGCUGCAGAAGCGCCUGGAGGAGGGCGGGUGGCUGAUGAUGGUGACAUAUGCGCCCAACGUGGAGGAGAUGCCCGGGAGGCUGCAGAGGUACCUAGGCCGAGACGCUGAGAUUCGCGUCUUUGGGGGCAACCGGCAGAGCGCCGAGAACUUUUUGCCCGUGGCAAGUGAGGUGGAGGCCCACUGCUACACGGAAGCCUUGGCCGAGCAGGGCAUCACCUCCAUGUCGGAGGCCAUCGUUUUGGUCCGCUUCGGAGAGAAGAAUCUGGCCUCGCUGGAGCUCCGUGAUGAGCUCUUUGCGGACCGAAACUUUCUGGAGAGCAUUGGGCAAAUGACUUCACGAGCGGUCCUGGGUGGCCUCACAAGGAGAGACCGGCUCGCGCUGGCCGGAGCAUCUGGCCCCUUGGCCGGGCUUGAGGAGCCCACCUUCGAGGCCAUAGGCUCCAAGGCGUCGGUGCUUCGAUGCCCCCAGCAGCUCCAGUCGCAGCUGAAAACCGCCACCGGGCCCAGCGAGUCAUUUGCCGCUGUCCGUUUGUACCGCGACGGGGCGGUCAGCGAUGUCGAGCUGCUGAAGCGGGCCACCGGGCUGGAUGCGUCGCUGGAUGCGUCGCUGGAUGCAUCAGCGGCGGAGGAUUUGGAUGGCACCUCCCAGCUACUUCUCAGCCAGGCCAAGGAACUCGCGGCGGGCGGCUUAGACCUGACCGGCGGUCUCGCGGCGGAGCAGGCAGAGGUCAGCUACAAGAGCCAGCUGUGCCCGGCAGCCCGGGUCGAUUUCUCACGCACGCUCAGCACGGAGAUUGCUGUGACACUGCAGGAGGGAAAAGAGCAAGAGGCGCCGGCGAGAUGGGGCGGCGACGUCACUUGGGAACGGGUCACUUGGGAGGUGGAGGGCCUGGAACUAUUGCAGCUGGCCAGGGGCCGAGUGCAACUUCAGCUGCGCGAGCACUACGCAGCGACAUCCGGGCAAUUCCUGCAGGAGGUGGCUCAGCUGAACUUCAGCCUGACUCAGCUGGGCCAGCGUCGCCUCCGGGAUCUUGCAGAAGGCCUGGGCAACUGGGCUUCUAGGAAAACGGGCGCCCUCGCAGGCGCGGACUUGCCGGACCUCGAGCUCGAGGUGGCCCCAGACGUGCUGCCGCUCGCCCUGGGCCUUGCCUCGCCCGACAGCCCAGCUGGCCAGCGCGAGGUGCCGGACACGCAGAUCUCAGCGUCCUCGCACUCGCACCUGGCAAGCUGCGCCAGGCUCCAGCGCUGCGAGUUGGCCGGCGCCUGGUGCCCUGCCACCGGCAAGGAGGAGUUCCUUGAGGCAGCCCUGGGGGGGGGUGGCGUGGCGAGUCAGGUCGAUCUGCAGGAACCCAUGACCGACUGGGCCUCGGCUUCCUUUGUGGUGGGCAUUGCUAUGCAGCGCCCCCAGCAAGGCCGGGUGCCUUGCAGCGGGCUCUGGCAGCAGACCCACGGCUUGCUGCAGCUGGCUUUGGGCUCCGGAGAGGCGCCCUGGGUGGACCGGACCUUCGUGAGGCCGCCGGUGCGCUGCGUGCACGAGGCCGCUGUGGGCUCCGGUUCGGUGGAGUCAGUAGCCGUGGCCUUGAUCCAGCAACGCUGCUUCGGCGAGUGGCGAGAAGUGCCUGCGCAGGAAGCGGCGAAAGACUUUGGGGCUAUGACCAAAGAGUCAAAGCUGGACUUUCUCUCCAGGUCAACGCCUCGUGGAAUUUCGGCGUUUUCGGCGACAGAGCCCAAGGGAAGAGCCGCGGCGCGCAGGCUGAUUCAGGUCAAGAAGCUUUCGGCUAAGCCGUCGGGUCUUGACGUGGAGGGUCUCUCCGGCAGCGAGGAGGAGGCAUGA